GUUCUUGUCAAACGCCAAAAUUUGAAAGUUGUAAAAUGCAAAUGUACAGUUAUGUUACAAUUUUUUUAUUUUAAUUUUGUUGACACUAUUUAAGCUGUUUGUUUUAUUUUAAGUUAAAGUAAAUUACGCAGGAAAAUUCGAAAUUGCGGAAUGGAUAUAGACAAAAGCGUACGAAAACGUAAAGAUAGAAAAAAAUCUAUUGAGGUCAAUGAACUAGGAGAAAAGUUUUUAAAAGAGCCACCUGAACUAGCAAGUAGAGAACUUGUCGAUGGGACAGUUACGGAAAACAAUAUCGAACCCUCUACAUUAUUAACUGCAGGCAGUGCCAAAAGCUCUCAAAACUCUCCAAAAGGCUUUUACUUAAAGUUUGAAAUCGAUAUAGUGUUUUUAUUGUUAUUGGGACUUGCACUAUGGACUCGUACAUACAACUUAGAGGAGCCCCAUUACAUUGUAUUUGAUGAAUUACAUUAUGGCAGAUAUGUAUCACUAUAUACUAAGGGAAUAUUCUUUUUUGAUGCUCACCCACCACUUGGUAAACAAUUAUUAUAUUUGGCGGGUCGGCUUGGAGGCUACAAUGGAAAUUUCACCUUUGACAGAAUAGGGUCCCCCUAUACAGAUUCCGUGCCUAUUAGAGCAUUACGAAUGAUUCCUGCUAUUAGUGGUAGUCUGCUUGUGGGCAUUACUUACCAAUUGAUGUUAGAAAUUUCAUCAUAUCAAUGGACAGCCAUACUUGCAGCUCUUUUAGUUCUAUUUGAGAAUUGUUUUCUGACGCAAUCAAGGUUUAUGUUGUUGGAGAGUAUUCAAUUAUUAUUUGGUUUAUGUGGAAUUUAUUGUGUAAUCAAAAGCACUACUAAGACUGGCCCUACGUCUGUACUAUGGCUUUGUGUUGGUGCUCUUUCCCUUGGAUGUUGUUUUUCAGUCAAAUAUUCAGGCAUUUAUACAUAUUAUUUAGCACUAUUUUUAGUUGGAAGACAAAUGUGGCAAAGAAUUAGUUAUACUGAGUCCACAUUGCGUCUUGCCCUGUCUAUAAUUUGGCGAUCAUUUGUAUUAGUAACAUUACCACUCAUAGUAUACAUAGGUGUAUUUUAUGCACAUUUGGCAAUGUUACCAAAAGCUGGGCCACAUGAUAGUGUGAUGACGAGUGCAUUUCAAGCCUCACUCCAAGGAGGACUUGCAAGCAUAACGAAGGGACAGCCUCUUCAUGUUUCACAUGGAUCUCAAAUAACUUUAAGGCACUCUCAUGGUCGGACGUGUUGGCUACAUUCACACGCUCAUGUCUACCCGGUGCGUUAUACCGACGGCCGAGGCUCUUCGCAUCAACAGCAAGUCACCUGCUACAGUUUCAAAGAUGUGAAUAACUGGUGGAUAGUGAAGAGACCAGAGCAGGCCUCGCUGGCAGUCACCAACCCGCCGGACGCCAUUCGACACGGCGACGUGGUGCAACUAUUGCAUGGGAUCACCAGUCGUGCAUUGAACUCACAUGACGUCGCCGCACCUGUUUCGCCACAAUCACAGGAAGUGUCUUGCUACAUUGACUAUAAUGUGUCAAUGCCAGCUCAGAACCUGUGGCGAGUUGAGAUUGUGAACCGAGACAACGAGGAGGCGACUUGGGACAGCAUCAGGUCCCUCGUGCGACUCAUACACGUGGAUUCAGGCUCGGCGCUACGGUUCAGUGGGAGACAGCUGCCUUCAUGGGGCUUCCACCAGCACGAAGUCGUCGCAGAUAAAGUUGUGACGCAUCAGGACACUAUAUGGAAUGUUGAAGAACAUCGAUACACAAAAGCGGAAGACAGACGGGAACGGGAACGGGAGCUUGUAUCGGCGGAAAUGAUUCCAACGGCGGUGACACAACUGUCGUUUUGGGCCAAGUUCAUGGAGCUGCAGUACAAGAUGAUAGCGCAUGCGCCCGACGCGCCCAGCGGUCAUAUGUUCGCCAGCGAGCCCACCGAGUGGCCACUUCUCUCCAGAUCCAUUGCUUACUGGUUAUCGCCGCAUUCUAAUGCGCAGAUUCACUUGAUCGGGAACAUCGUGACGUGGUAUGCGGGAACAUUGUCGGUUUUACUAUACAGCGCCUUUCUCGCGUUUUAUGCUAUAAGACAGCGACGUAUGUGCGAAGAUUUGCCAUUACAAGCUUCUCAUCAAUUUUACAACGCCGGAUGCAUUCUUUUCUUAGGAUACUGGCUCCAUUACCUGCCAUAUUUCUUUGUGGAUCGUACUCUGUUUUUACACCACUACUUACCUGCCUAUAUGUUUAAAAUAUUACUGCUAGCAUAUGUAAUUGACCAUUUAUAUUUAGUAUUACAAUUGAGAGAAAAAACACGUGUAUUUACCAAUGUAUUCAUUAUAGGCAUAACGGUUUGGCUAUCAUAUGUUUUGCUCACUUUUAUCAAAUUUAGUGUUCUCAGUUAUGGCAACACUGAUUUAAAUGAAAAUGACCUUAUGAAUCUCAGAUGGAAAGAUACUUGGGACUUUAUACUUCACAAGCGAGGUUGACUUCUAUAUUUAAUAAUUUAUAAGCUAAC